UUCAAUUUUAACCCUAAAAAUGAUAACAAAAGCAUACACUAGGUUUUACAUUGUUUCCAAAUUCACUUUUUAACCCUAAAAGUGAAGCUGUGUCGUCAUCUUCAUCUUCACUUUCAAAUCCCUCGUAAAAACCUCCACCGUUCAUCUUCAUCGCACCCAGCUCGCCUUCAUCGUCAAUCUUCAUCACUGCCAGCUCGGCUUCAUGUUCAUCAACCCUAGCACCCGACCCUCUAACCCUCGCACCCGACCGUCUCUCUGUCACACCCUAGCUGUUUCUCAACUCUCGCACCCAACCCUUGCACCAUCAACGCAACCCUCGUUGGAUUAGGAACCCUCAAUCGUUGGCCCUCUAUCUAUCACACCAUCAACGCAUCGGUGUGGCCUUCUACUCCCUCAGUGGUCUCUCUCUCGCAAACCCUCGUUGGAUUCGGAAUCCUCAAUUGUUGCCGUCUCUCCCUCAAUCGACACCGUAAACACUGGGUUUUCAGAAGUUUUUGUGGCGGAUUCAGCACUACCAAUAUGGUGAAUGGACCUAAACAGGAGCUCAAUAUGGAGAUGCAAGUUUUAAUCAAUGAUGGAUUGCAAAGCAGAUAAAAUUAUAUAUGCACAGAAUCAAGACUGAAGAUUGGCGCCGAAGUGAAAAUGGGAUGGGUUAGGAGGCUUAGAAAAAAGAUGUUGCAGGAGGCAUGUUGUUUUGAGUGGCAGAAUUUAAUUGUGGAAGCUUCAAGAAAAGGAUAUGCUGAGCUAGAAGAGCUGCAGAGGAAUUCGUAUGGAAUCUUGGAUAAACAGCUGAAGCAAGAGUGGUCAGAGUGUGUUGAACAAAGGAAACAAAUGGUGAGGCCACCAGGUAGCAAACGACGUCCCAAGUCUCCUGAGCAGAGAAGGAAAAUCGCAGAAGCUAAUGCUGCAAAAUGGGCUGAUCCAGAAGCAGCUGUUGAAAUGUUGACUUGAAAACUGAAGUCUCUUUCCUUUUACAUGCUUCUUUUGGAGUUCUUAUCCAGAUUGUGAAUAUCAUUUUCUUGAAUAUAAUUUUUUAUUUAUAUCCAAAUGAUUUGAAAUUUUGGUAAUUAAUUUUCCUGCCUGAGGAGUUGAGGCAUUAAAUAACAUAAGGCCCUACCAUCACCGGAAAGGUUUUCUCUUGAAGCAGUUGUGUGUCUCCUCACUAAACAGGCUUGUGAUAUGAUGUGCCAUGCUGCAUCUCUCUAUUGUCUUUUAUUUUGAGCCUUUUGUUUCUCAUCUCAAGUUUGUGAAAGAUGAGAUCUCUAAAGGUGGAUAGUCAAUUAAUUGUCUCCGUUCAAACAAUUCUGCAUUCUGGUUCUCCAAGGCCACCUUUGAAAUAUUUGUGCGAUCCGUUAGCACACCUGCAAUUCUGGAGAGGUUCGUCAGCCUUGAAAAAGAAAUCCUACAGAUUGAAAGUUUUUCAAGAAAAUGCUUUGUCAAUGUCCAGUGCAUCUUCCAAUGAGGGAACUGCGCCACAAGCUAAUGGAAUUACAAGGAGGUUGAGUAAUUCUGCAAAGGAGGUUCAAGCUUUAGCUAAGGAGGCAGCUGAAAUAGUGGUUUUGGUCAUUGAUGAGGAAGGUGUGGAGUCACUCAUAUUAGAACUUGUGAAAGGUGUAAAUGAGCCAAAGCUGCUUUGGUCUUCACACAAGAACUAUUUUCUUGUUCUUUAAAUCACAAAUUUUGACUUUUUCUUUUCCUACAGCUUUGAUGAUGUGUAUGUUGUAUUUUUCAAAUAAUAAAUUUUAUUUUUUUGUUGACAAAUAUGAUGAAAGUUUAUG